CCAGUUAUCAGGCAUGAUUCCUCCCUGUCUCUACAAUCUCUCAAGCAUCCGUGUCUUUAGUGUGGGGGUGAACAGUCUUGGAGGGACAAUCCCAUCCCACAUAGGUAGCACUCUUCCCCACCUCAGAAGUCUCGACAUGGCCUACAAUGCGUUCACCGGACUUAUCCCUUCUUCUUUAUCCAAUGCUUCUGAACUGUUUCGCAUCCAGUUUCAAUCAAACAAUCUCCAUGGAAAAAUCCCUCGUAACCUUGGAACCUUACAGAAUCUGUCGUUCCUGGGACUUUUCGGGAACCAACUAGAAGCCAAGGAGGCCGACGAUUGGAGCUUCCUCACUGCUCUAACCAACUGCAGCAAGUUGACAGUACUACUUAUCGGCAACAACAGCCUCUCUGGUGUCUUACCCAAUUCCAUUUCCAACGUCUCCACAGAUAUCCAUACCCUCGGUUUUUGGAAUAACCAGAUAUCUGGAAGCCUGCCUUCAGAUAUAUGGAAUCUGAAAAACCUGGUAUAUCUUGACAUGUCUGAAAACCUUCUCACUGGUAACAUUCCUGCCUCUCUUGGAAAUCUUAAUGCACUGAAUGUACUGGAUAUGUCUUACAACUAUUUCUCCGGCCAAAUUCCUCCUUCAAUGGGAAACAUUAGUCAAUUGAAUUGGCUCUCUUUGGCAGCAAACAUACUGAGCGGGAGCAUUCCAACCCACCUUAGAAACUGCAAAAACUUGCAGUUACUAAAUCUCUCCUACAAUCAGUUUACAGGCCCUAUACCCAUAGAGAUUCUUAGCCUGUCUUCCCUAUCUGAACUCCUGGACCUAUCCCACAACGCAUUACAUGGGUUCUUACCUUCAGAAAUUGGCAGCCUGAUAAAUGUCAAUAACCUCGAUGUUUCCGAGAACAGACUAUAUGGCGAAAUCCCUGAUAGCGUUGGCAAAUGCGUGGUCCUCGUAAAGCUUAACAUGAGCGGUAAUUUUUUUGAGGGGAUCAUCCCGACAUCGUUGGCCAAUCUAAAAGGCCUUCAAUUUCUGGACCUCUCAAGCAACAACCUGUCCGGGCAUGUACCUGACUAUUUCCAAAUAUUUCACUCGCUCCAGUUUUUGAAUCUUUCUUUCAACAACCUUGAAGGCGAGGUUCCGCUAGGUGGGGUCUUCGCAAAUAUGAGCGCAUUUUCACUUAUUGGAAAUCGAAAGAUCUGUGGUGGAAUCCAAGAACUGCACCUGCCACCCUGCUCCUCUACCCAACCCCAUGGGAAAAAACACAAAGCUGCUAUCUUGGUGGCGAUCAUCGCAGUUGCCAGUGGAGUUCUAGGUGUAUCUCUGAUUCUCUUCUUCGUGUUACUUUACAGGACUAGAAAGACAAGAAUGAGACGUCCAUCCAUUGCAGCCAUAAGAACAGAACAUGUUAGAGUCUCUUAUGCCGAAUUGGUCAGAGCAACUGAUGGGUUCUCUUCAGCAAAUCUGAUUGGUGUUGGGAGUUUCGGUUCUGUAUAUAAAGGAGUCAUGGAUUGGGAUGAUAUAAAGAUGGUUGCUGUAAAGAUACUGAACCUUCAGCAGCAGGGGGCUUCAAGGAGUUUCAUAGCUGAAUGUGAGGCCUUGAGAAGCAUCCGACACCGGAACCUGGUCAAAAUCAUAACUGCAUGCUCUAGUGUUGAUUUUAGAGGUAAUGAUUUCAAAGCAUUGGUUCUUGAAUUUAUGGAGAAUGGAAGCUUGGAACGAUGGCUGCAUCCAGAAGUGAAUGAGCAAUGCCAGAUGAGGAAUUUGAAUUUAGAACAGAGAGUGAGCAUAGCCAUUGACGUGGCUUCUGCCCUGGAUUACCUUCAUCAUCACAGUCCGGUGCCAAUCGUGCAUUGUGAUCUCAAGCCGAGCAACAUUCUUCUGGACGGCGACAUGACUGCCCGUGUGAGUGACUUCGGGCUGGCGAAGUUUCUUUCUGAAUCUGCUAACUCAUUCUCCAUAUCUGCUAGCUUGGCGGCGAUAAAAGGAUCAGUUGGGUACAUUGCUCCAGAGUAUGGUUUGGGAAGCCAAGUAUCGACCCAAGGAGAUGUGUACAGCUAUGGAAUACUUCUCUUGGAGAUGUUUACUGGAAGGAGACCCACUCAUGAAACCUUCAAUGAGAGCCUAGAUCUACAUCAAUUUGUUGAGAUGGCUUUUCCCACUCAAAUUAUGAACAUCGUAGAUCCGCAGUUAAUACGAGAGGAAGAGUAUGAAAUUAUUGAUGACAUACAACACAGGAUACAAGAGUGCUUAAUUUCAGUGAUCAACAUUGGGCUACAAUGUUCCUGCAAAUUACCCAAAGAACGAAUGCAUACGGGAGAUAUUCUUAAAAAAAUGACUGCAGCGAGGCAGAUACUUGGCAGGGUCUAAAGUCAGAGAGAAUGGCCCACAAAUAUUAGUAAGAUAUUAUGAAGGCUUACGUAAACAUACAUUAUGGAGCUGCCGUUACUUCCCUAGGCCGCUAGUUUUUGCUGUUGCUUCCGGUGCCCAUCCCCUUCGACCUGUCUUCAAUUUUUGGUUUUUGCCUUUUGUUUGUGCCUGCAAUUGUUUGAGGGGGCUCUUUCUCUUUGGAUGCUCUACCAUCACAUUGCCCCGAGGGAUAUCAGGAUGAACUUCUCCAUGGAUUUGAAAUGAGUCUUGUCAUAGUUGCACGAGUUAUGUUUUCCUUGACACACGGGAGAGGUCACUUUUUGCCUCCAUCUUGCUUGCG